CCGCAAACACGCUGCUAACUUGCUUUCUGCUUCCAUUCGUCGGCAUCAUGGGGACCGAAAAAACCCUCUCCGUGCUCCUCUGCGAGCAAUGCUCACACGAGUACGUUGUCACCGACACCGCGCCUCCCUCAGCUCUUGAGAAGCUGCGAAAUCACUGGCUACCAAAUGUUGACGAAGCAGAAAUCAUCCGUCUGGAGGCUUCGGCGACUCGCAUGAGCGUCUCCGCCAUCGAGAAGGAGAUAGCGAGCUUGUUGGGAAAGGUCAAGAAGAUUCAAGGCCUGCAAGCUCUCCUCGUCAACACUCUGAACGCCCAGGAAGCGCUGGUCGCCCCCCUACGCCGCUUGCCUAUCGAAGUCCUGCAGCCGAUAUUUGUCUUCGCAUGCGAAGAUGAUGGGUCCGAUUGCAUGGAACGAUGGCCAAUGGCUCUCGUACUUAGCAGCGUGUCCAAGUUCUAUCGUGACGUCGCGCUCAGCACUCCUGAGAUUUGGGCGCGUAUUCCGGUCGAAAGCAUGCAAAUUCUAGCUGGCGAGUGGCCGCCUGCAUCAAGGUCCCUCAUCGUACGACGCCUUCGUCUCUACCUGUCGCGCAUAAGCAACGCAAGUUUGCCGAAUGCGGUCCGAUUCCCGACCACGCUCUCCUGCCACUCACCCACGACCGUCAUCAAUGGUAUCGCGCUCCAGUACAGCGAUGCGUGGACGGACUUGAAGAUCACCGGCUACGGAUUCUUCUCUGUUCUCGGGGAACGCUCGCUGAACCGGCUGGAAAAGCUUCAGACCGACGUAGGCUUCCUCCUCACGUCCUCGGGUGAACGCGACAAGAGCGAGGUAUUCGCGCGCGCGUCCAGACUUCGCCACCUUGAGAUCACGAACUUCACCAACGUCAACGUGCAGAGCCUGUGCCUCCCUUGGGCACAGAUCACCACGCUCAAGACGAGGUGCUCCGACGCCUUCGCAAUCGAUGCAUUAGCCGUACAUUGCAAGCAGCUCGUAUCUUGGUCGCACUGCAGCACAAGCAGGUCAUUCUCCCAAGGCCGCUCGCCUACAUCGCGGAUCGUGUUCGAACAUCUUCGCCACCUCGUCGUCGAGUCAAUCAACGUGCGCGAUACUCGGCACGCAUGGCACUUCGACCAUCUCACAGCCCCGCGCCUCGAGACAUUGUCGGUAAACUGGCCAUACUCCCCGGACGUCAACGGCGGCUCCAUCGGCGCCUUCCUCACGCGUUCGGGUUGCAAGCUGCGAAGCAUGUCCCUGAAAAGACCAUCCGUGUUGGAAUGCGUCUUCGUAGCCUCCAGCCACCGCAUGCCACACAAGCUGUUCAUCGACAGGGUGUCCCUCAGCGCCAUUGAUGCACCGUGCGAUGCUGCUGCUGGCGCGGCGUCCGAGGCGACCGUCUUCACGCCUCUGCUGAAGAUGGCCUUGCGCUGCUUCGGGACGUUGGAGGGCCAGUUCCUCAUCGAUCUCGUAACGCGCGAAGAUGGCUGCCGCACGGGGCGCCUGGAGGUCACUAUGUGCGAGGAGCGGUCGGUUAUGCGCGUCUCCAAGGAGGAGAUGGAGCAGCUCGAGCGCCUCCUACCACACGGGGUUUCCAUCCGCAAAGUGCAUCGCAUGCUAUACGAGGCUGACGAGGACUAGAUGCGCAACGUCAUCGGAUGUACGGUAGACGAGAAGGUGUGGCGACUGAACAGUAGACAUCUGCGUACGCCUUGGUCAACGAGAUAGACACCACUACACGUGAGGGCAUACCUCUUCGGGGGCUGAAGUGCCCUCCGCCUUGCUACGCAGCUAUGAACAUUGACUUUACAUCCAGAUACAUACAUAGUUGUAGCACUUACCAGCUCCAAUAAUGUUUUUCC